UGUAGAUAGACAUCCAACACUUUAGUGCACAUGAGGAUGUGGAUGUUGGUAAGAAAUGCAAGGCGGAUUCAGAUCUUACCACACAGUGAGCACCUGCUAGCGGCAAUUUAGCCCUCACUGAGAGCGUUGGGUGGGACCUUGGCUUUUGUGCUCCACCUGCUUCCAUAUAGAUGAACUGGAUCGUGCUGGAAUGACAUUCAAGUGAAAAGUUAUUAUCGCAAAUGCUCAUGAGUUGUUGCGCACUAGUUGACUGGUGCAUCUCUCUGUGUGCGGAUCGGGUACCCAUGUGUGAUCAUUUCCGAAACACAGUGACUGAGUGAGUGAGUGAGCGCGCUUCAGAUGCAUGCACUGUUUGAUCGCAAUUGGAAAGGGCUGGUAAUCGAUCUGUCACCGCCGGUCUCGUUGCCCCACGCUGCCGUGAGGAUGUUCAGCUGUGUCGGGUGUUUUUGGGUGCUCCUCUCCUCCGCCCUGGUCGCGCUCUGCAGUUUCAGUUUUAUCUCCCCCGCGUGGAUCGUGAAGGAGCACCUGAAAAACAAGGACUCGGUUAGUUUCGGGCUCCUCUGGCACUGCUCCGAGUCUCUGGAUCACAUGUACAGAUGUUACACCUUCGGCGGGCUGGGCAAAUUUCAAGAGAUUCCUUCAAGCUCUUGGCAGACGAGUGCAGUGCUGUGUUCAGGAGGAUGUGCUCUCUUGGCAGUCAGCUCGCUGCUGGCCAUCAUCACCAUCUUCCUGCCCGGUGGAGCCUGUGAGAGGAGGAUCUGCACGCUGGCUGGAUACAUGCAGAUGGCUGCAGUGUUCAUUAUGGGAUCUGGUCUACUGGUCUUCCCCUUCGGUCUCAACUCCAGCCUGGUCAAGUCUUUCUGCGGGGACUCCGACAUCUACAAUGCCGGAGAGUGUCAGAUAGGAUGGGGCUACAUGCUGGCUAUUGUGGGCGUCAUGCUCACCCUGUUCCUGCCCUUUUUUGCCAAGUACGCCCCCAAAGAGCAGCUGUCACCGACCCCAUUGCCCACCCUUUUAUAGGGCACUAAAGACCACCAUCUACAAUAUUCACCCUGCUCAUAAUUAUGAAGUGAUCAUUUUGACCUCAGACAGAACAGACUGCAAAGUCUCAACGUGAUUUCCUUUGGUUAGUAAUGAUGUUGUGAUGAAGAUGAUGUCGUUUGGGAGCAAGACUGAAGAUCUAACCCCCUAUAUCCGGUUUAUGUGCCGUUAUCUUCCUUUAUUGGACAAUGUCCUUUCUUCCUUCAGAAUCAGAUUUAUUUUUACUUAUUUUGACAUAUGAUACAUGUAUUUGGGUAUUUCUCUCCCUUUCUAAAUAGUUUAAAAGGUCUGUUGUCUUAGUUUAAGGACUAACUACUGAAAUGUGGAAAAUGGACCAUGAGGCAAAGUAGUAUUUUCAUGAUUUAAUUUGCAAUCCAAUUUUACUGUCGGCAGGCAAUGAACUGAAAGAGAAGUGGUAGUCCCUUUGGACAACAUAUAAUGCAUCAGGAUCUCUGAAAAUAUCUACUAACAUCUGUAAAAGAUCAUUUACUAAGUUUACAGCAGCUUCAGAGAAACUGGAUUAAACUCAAUAAAUCUGACAGCUCUGUCAGAAAGUUUAGCUUUAUACAGUUUGUAGCACCUGAUAUACUGCAGUACUUAUUCAACAAGGACCAACACUGGCGUAAGUAAACGAAAACCUUUUUAUCCUCUGUAAGUCUCACUACUGUAAAAUCACAGGCUUCUUUAUUUAUACUGUUUUCUUCACUUCUUUACUCAUGAAAACCCUUUGAGAUCCAUGAAGGAACUAAUUAUUUAAAUGGCUUUAAACUGCCAUAUUGCGUCAUGUUGACCUCAAAGAGGACAAUUCAAACAUGAACACAAGCAUGGACUUCUUAACAACUGUAUGUGUAAGUGACAACUGAACACACUAAAAUCGCGUGUUUUUCAGAUCGUUUGCCCAUUUCCUGAGUAAACCAGAAAUGUUGUGAAGGCUCCUUAUGCUUUCUUUACUGUAACUGAAUUAAUCAGGAUUAAACGAAAUCAGGAGCAAGGCAAAGACGUAUUGACAGAUGUUGUCACUUAAAGUUGGGUUUAAGUCAACACUCAGACACCAUGUUCUGAAAAAUACCAACUUCUAACCAACUUGUGCCUUUUGACCAUUGCUAAGACUUAAGUACCUUUCAUCAGGUUAUGUACUUCUACUUAAAAUCAUGUUGUAAAUGCUUUCUUGUUACAUUAACAUUGUGCAUUGUGUGUCUCCAUAAUGAUGAUCAUGAGUGUGUUUUAGCUGAAAGAUUUGAAUGUUGUUGCUUCAAGACUAGCUGAUGAUUUGAAGGAAUUGCAAAAGUAAAUGAUGAAAGUAAAAUUAGCAAGUGAUUGAAGGACAGCAAGAGUAAAAGCAAUUUAGUCCUGAUUUGUCAUGAAUUAUGUAUCCAUUACUUAUUGACAUUUGUUGUUACGAUAAAAUUAAUGUGCUAAUGCAUUUACUCUUGGCACAGCAAUACAGUGAAGAUAAAGCUUCUACUUGGAUCAUUCCAUAUUGCACAUGGCCCACUUUUACCAAUGUGUUGAUACAUUUGUGUAAUGUGUACAGAUUGGCAAAAAGAAUGCCACUCAAAAUACCCCACUGAGUAGAUUUAAUGGCAACUUCUUUCAUAUUUCCAUGAUAAGGAUGAACAUACAGUGAAAAAGUGUACUUUUGUUUAAGUUAACCAGGCCCAGACAGAAUCUGCCGAUUUCUGCGGAAUUAUUUAAACAAAUUGUGUUAAGAAGAGCUGCGACACUGCAAGUACUACACUAUUAUUGGUAGCUAAAUGAGUCAAAAAUAUUUAACAUUUAAUUCACAUAUGCAAUGUGAAUAACGGCCAUUUAAAUUCUGUGUCAUUCUGUGUGGGUCUGCCUAUAACAUACACAAUACUUAGUGGACAGAGCACAUUACUCUGGCAUCAGAUGUUAAACAUAAGCCGGCCCUUUAAAUGCGAUUAUGCAGGAGUACACUGGUUGUAUCCUUGGGUUGCCUUGAUGGUGAGGCAACCUGCAUUCUUGAGUUUUGUCUAUAUCAUGUAUGUGAAGUCUGACCACUGGUAGAACUUAGAAAUGUAGAUAAGUGCUAUGGGUUUCCCCAGUUUUGUUUUGGUUGUUAAUAAUUCUGUAACAUGCCAUCUUGUGGAUGGUUGGUUAUCUUUUAAAAGAUAUAUUUUGAGAUGUUACCUCAUCAUUGUGUUUGUUUAACCAUUGAAUCUUUAAAAUUGCUGUUAUGUGUUUCUUCUUUGUAAUAAACCGUUUCAUAAAAUACUGCGAAUUUACAUCUUUUA